AUAUCAUCACCAUAAAAAUAGCUUACAUUUCUUUUUCUUUAUCUUUCAUGUACAGAACUAGUUUAGAAGGUUGCUGUUCUUCAGAUCUUUGUGGAUGCUUCCUAUAUUUCUUUUGGCCUCUAUGACUGUAUUAAGCAUCAGCACAUUGACAGGGUCAAUAACCAAUACAAUCAUCAUUGCUGUAAAUGUCAUAGACAAAGUAAAGGGUAAGAGUCUUAGUCCCUCAGACAUCAUCUUAGUAACAAUGGGCCUAUCUAAUGUGUUUUUUCAGUUAAUAAUGCUAGCAAAUGACUUUGUAAGCUUCCUCGAGAGUGAUCUUUACUACUCUGAAGGUGUAUAUAUUCUAUUUACGAUAGCACUUAACCUACCUAUCUACAUUAGCUUCUGGUUUACAGCAUGCCUGUCCAUCAACUACUAUUUCCAGAUUGUCAUAUUUACUCAUCCAUUUCUCAUCCGACUAAAGCAUGUAGUGUCCAGACUUAUUCCACAGCUGCUAGUGGUCUCUGUGAUGGUAUCAAUGGCCACAUGCUUACCUGUAAUGUGGUACAUUAACAUGAACAAACAAGACUUUAACAUGACCAGCAAUCAGACUGUGGAGUCCACUUUUCCAGAACUUAAUUUAACUUACCUCAUCAUCAGUAAUGUGGUCAGCUGUUCUCUACCAUUAGUCCUUGCUGGAAUUGCCAAUGGACUGAUCAUCAAGUCUCUCAUAGAUAAGACUCACAAGUCAGAAAGAAAUGCUAAAGGAGAUCUCAGCCCUCGGACAGAAGGACGUAUUAGAGCAGCCAGAACAAUAAGCUGUUUACUCUUUAUUUACAUCUCAUUUUACGUAUCAGAAGUGCUAAUGUUUACAGAAGCUUUACCUCCAAGCAGUCCGGGAUUCUGUGCCUGUUUGAUGGUGAUAUACAGUUAUGCACCUGCACAAUCUGUUGUUCUUAUUUUUGGUAGCCCCAAACUGAAACACGUUGCUCUCAGCAUAAUUCGCUGUUUACGAGGUAUUCAUAAAGAAAAGUCUAAAAAUUCAUCUUUCUCUUUUAUUGAUGUUAAUACUCAAAAGGCAUCACAAUUCUCAGAAGGUUGAACUUGGCAGCAAAUGCGGUAAAUGUAACCACUGUCAGCAACUCCUAAGUCCUGAAUACCAUCAUACUUCUACAUUAUGUCUCUAUCGCUCACAAAUGUUGGCAUUAUUUUUUUUAUUUUUCUUUAAAAGGGUUAUUUAUUUAAAUGUGUUUUGAAAUAAUAAAUGUAGUUUGCAUUAAUGGAUGAGCUAGUUAAUUGCAAGUAUUGUGCUAUGUUUAAGCUGAUAUAUUCACUUGACUCUAUUGCCAUAUUUGUAACUUAAGAAUAAUGUAGUGAUCCCAUAAUUCCAGCAUAUGUCAUGUCUCAUAUCUUCAUGUUAUUGUACAGUUAUAAUAUGCCUAAACAUGGCUACACUUCCUGUUGUCCAAGUAUAGUAUAUGUCUAUAUCUUCAGUCUGAGGCCAGUGCUUGGCUUUUGUAUUAAACAGCUCAUCUUGCCAUGCACACACUAAAACUUGGAGGAAUAGAAAAUAUAUUUGGAAAAUACAUUUUUGGUUUAAAUAUUUUUCAUAAAUAAUAAAGGAUGAUAAAUAAGGAUAAUUAAAAAAAACUUCCAAAAAGCAUAUUAAAAUAAAAUUAAUUGACCACUUCUACCCUUGUGUGUUUUGAUUCUACCUGGAGUGAGAUCCUUUGUUAGAGAGAAAAAUUUAGCAUGGACUGACCAUAGAGUCCUAUUUCUCGUAAGUACACUACAAAUUGGCCUGGAUGUAUGUAUUUCCUUUUGAGACCUACAAUAAAUAUCAAACUUGUGUGCAGGUAGGUGUUUUUACAAGCCCUCAAUUUCUAUUUCACAAACCACCACAUCUGAUCUUUUAGUGGAGAGCUGGAAAGGCAGAUUUAAGAAAUUCAUAUCACAGAGUUACAGCUGUGACCAGAGGAGUAAGCAGGCAGUGUGCAGACUAGA